UAAAAGUGACCGGAUGGCAGAGUAACCAAAGCAGGACAUUCUGACAGCAUUGGGAAAGCUUUUUAUUUUUUUACGAUAGCUUGGAUAUAAAUAUAAAUGUGCAAACCCAUUUUAAUACUAUAAUAAUAAUAUGUAUAACUUUAUUAGUUGGUCACAUUAUAAGACAUUCUCUUUUGGGAAACUGUGCUUCUCUUUUUUUAAUUUUUUAUUUAGCUAAAAUGAACAUAAUAAAACAAACAAUAAAAGAGUCGAAAGCCAGUCAUUUAAAACAAGAUGAGUAAACACAAAUGCCAAGUUUGUGUGAUCUUUGUGUCGGAGACAGAAAGUGUUACAGGAACAGCGCCCCCCGCGGUUAGAAGAUGAACCGUCCAAACAUUGUUCCACAGUUAAUCCACUGCUUCCCCCCGCGUUGCUAGUGGCAACAGACUCCAAACAAACCCGAAGAAACUCGGGGAAGCCCUCUCUCUACAGAGAGCCUGACCAAGUCUGCGAUAUUUAGACCAAUAGGCUCUCCUGUUUCAGGUAAAAUGAGCUCACCUUUGUCCAUGCUGAAGAAAACGAAGCGCACUCCACUGCAGGGCCAUCAGAAUGAAAAAUGGGACAGGCAGAAAGUGCCCUUCAGGAGGAAUCUGUUAAAAGAAUUUCAGGCAGAAUUGGCCGAUGACGAAUCCUGUGAUCGAAAUCCUCCCCAGACCUCGAACACUCCUGCCAACUCUGUCUCAACUUCAAAGUCAAACGCUGCCUUAAAGAAAGGUGCUCCUCCAAGCGACUUUGAGCUCAUGUCGGCCAUGAUGCAGCGUGUGACUCUGCUGGAGAAAAUAGUGAAGAGCCAAGCUCAGGAGAUUGAGCGGAAGAAUGAAAGGAUUUCUGUAUUGAGGGACAAACUGAGGCUUCUGAAGGAAUCAGAGAGCCCCCAUGAUAUUGAAAGCAGAGCAGAUGUUGAAAGAAGGUGCCAAAAACUACAGAAUCAAGUGUGUGAGAUGGAGAGCUUUCUGAGCGACUACGGUUUGAUCUGGGUGGGAGGUGAAAGCGAGCAGCCGCGUAACUCAGAAAGAGGCCUCUGGCAGCCAGACACCUCUGAGGCUAGGAUCUUCCACAUGAACUUUGAGCUCGUGCUGCAGAGGAUCAGGGAGCUAAACGUCCUGGCCGGGGAGGGAGAGUGUUUCGUUCAAUCGACUUCCACCGGGGCUCAGCUGGCAAAGAAGGAUCCUAUUCAACUGAGUCUGUACAAGAAUGGCAUUGUCAUGUUUCAGGGUCCUUUCCGCUCUUAUGAGGAGCAAAGCACACAGCAGUGCAUGCAGGAUCUGAUGGAUGGGUAUUUUCCAGCCGAGCUGCAGGAAAGAUUCCCAGAUGGUGUGCCCUUUGAGGUUCACGACAGGCGGGAUGAGGAAUUUAACUCCAGACUUCCGUGGAGUCAAUUUCCUGGAGAAGGACAAGCUGUUCUCGGGAAAAGGGAUGAAUCAGUGAAUGUCGUCAGCUCUCAGUUACCCGGCAAGAAGUUGAGCAUUGAUCAGUUCUUGAGCAAACUACCGAAGGUGAUAGUGAAGGCAGGUCGUGUGAUUGAUGUCAGAGACUCACUGAGGACUACCCUACAGGGUUCAUCUGAUGCCCAGAGCAGCUCAAUGAUCCUCAUAGACACACCGGCACUGCAAGUCAUGAAAGAGAGAUUGCAGACAUUUAGCACGGAGCGGCCUUUGUCUGCCCUCGAUGUUAUCACGCUCAAGGUGAAGACAGAAGAUGGGAAUCAUACUUACAUCUUGAAAAUGAGCUCCUCUGAAACGAUCGGCCACCUCCGGCAGUAUCUGGACAAUCACAGAGGGGCGCAUCUCCAUGGUUAUGACAUCAUCAGCGCACACCCACAGAGCUGCUACGAUGAUGACAGCAACACGCUCCAAUUGUGUGGACUCACGAGUAACGCUACUCUGCUGCUGCGGAAGAGGACAGGUCCUCCUUCACCGACUGAAGUCAAAUAAAACUAAAUGAAUGACCUGUACGAGAUUUGAGUUUAAAAACAGACUUUUUCACAGGCGUUCAGUAUGAAAAGAAGAGUGUUAUUAUGGAAUGGAUGAGCCAUUCAACAUGAUCUUCUAUCAACAUUACGACAAAUGAGAUUCUUGUGUGAGUGCCGGUACUCUCUGUUUUCUCUAAAUUCAAGAUGUACAGCUCUUUGUAAGGGACUCACUGGGAGCACUUUAUGUAAAAUGAGGAGGAGGACUGCUGACUUGGCGGCCCCCUGUGACUGAAAGAUAAACAGAAACACUCACUGACAGUGGUGUUUUUUGUUUGUGAAAUGAUCAUGUCACAGUCCAUAAAUAAUCUGCUAUAUUAAAUCUCCCCGGUCAUACUCAUUCAUUGUCUUCUUCACAGAGGAGAACCCAAUACAUCAGUUGACAUCAAACAUCAUGAAAUUGAAUGAAAUGGGAACAAAUUUGAAGAAAAAAAUGCAGAAAAUCUUUAUUUCUAAAAUAUGCAAAUACAAACAAGGACCAAAGUAUGAAAAUAGAAACAUUUUUUUCCCUUUUGCAAAAAACAUUUGAGAUGUUAAGGCAUGCGGAGCCUGACUUUUUCCUAAGAUAAAUCUUGUGCUACGUACAAUUUAAAAAAGGUCCCAUGAAAUGAAAAAUGGCUUGUGUGUCCCUGGAUGUUAUUGCAUAUUUUCAUAUUAAAAUCCCUUUCACUUCCUGUAAAGUGUCGACUUUUCUAAUGGCUCUCCCUACACUGGGGCAAAAUACAAAACUCCUUUUGAGAGCGAUAUGAAUGAUGAUUGAGGGCUGAUCCAGCCAACCCCUCCCAUCAUCACCAUUACCGCGUGGGAUUCAAACAUUUCCCCUUGUUCUCUGGAAAGGUGAAGGAUCCUCGAUGAUCACUUCCAGUCUUACAUAUUAAUCUUAUGAAAAGAGGACAAACCACAGGACAGAGUUACAAUCUAAAAGCCACUUCAUGGGACCUUCACACGUUGUGGACGCUAAGUUUGCUCAAACCGCAUUAAUUAGCACAUUGUUACAGCGACACAUUAGUAGGACCCACUGAGUUGUCAAUGCAAACAAAACAAAUAAAUAAUAAUACUGAAGAUUAA